CUUUCAUUUUAAUAUUAGCUAUGGCUAUGGCUGUGUUUUUUUGCUAUCGGCCGAAGAUGCGCUUUUAUAUCAGAUAUUUUACCCAUCUUUUUUGUAUUAUCCCCGGCUUCGUUGAUAAUAUGGAGUUGGGAUAAUAGGAAAUUAUGCAGAUGUAUUGAGUAAUCUAUAGUUUGAGUUGAUACUUUUUCCAACUCUGAACAGUUCUUGGAUUUCCAUUUGUUUUCUUUGGGCCAGUUUCCUCGAGCUCUCCGGCCGCUAUUCCUUCGUACCAGCAGCUACAAAAUUAUCAGAGAAGUUAUUUGUGUGAAGCGAUUAUCUAUACCUUGGGGGAACCUUUCGCAAUUCUGAUACCUCGGAAAAUGUCUACAACUCCAACAUCACUGGGCCCCUCCACACCCCAUGGCCACCAUCACAAAGGCCAAAGACUCCGCAACUUCAUGCUCCCAAACGGACGAAAAAUCCACAUCGCCCCCUCCCCAGAAGAAGCCGACCUACUCCGUCGUCGCCUCAGCACCAUAGAAAAAGACCAACCCUUUGACCUCGUGAUCCACGGAUCCGCCGAACAUCUCGACGCGCUCCGAGCCGCGCACGAUCACCAUGAAUCCAAGCGACAAGCAUUGAAAGAUAAACAUGGAGAUGCUUAUGAUGAGAUUGAAAAUGUGAAAUGGGAGCUGGAUGUUCUCGUCUCGGAACUUCACAUGUUGACUGAUCAUGCAGUGGCUUUGGAUGCGAAUUUUUCGAAAUAUGGGUAUAGUGCGCAUUUGAGAACUUAUGAUGAUGGAGCUGGUCAGAGGAGUGAGGCGGGUUCGUUGUAUCAUGGGCCUGAUGAUCAUGAGAAGAGGGAUUGGACGGCGGAAAAGAGGAAGGGGAGGAUUAUGAAACUUUAUAAAAAGGUGGGGUUAUAUAAGUAUAUGGAUACUCAUACUUAUGACCUUUUCUUUCAUGGAGCAUAAAAGCUAACAAAUUAACAGCCUACCGUUCGACAAUAUUUCCAUCGAGGGUUACUUUGGAGAGCAUCAGGUAGUACUGAAGUUGCCUCAUUUGAACUCUUCGUAGAUUUAUUAUAUGUUGGUAUUCUCGCUAUAAAUGGAGAUCAUGCCGCGGAAAAUCCUACUGGAUAUGAACUUUUGAGAUUCGUCAUAACAUUUAUCAUGAGUUGGAAGAUUUGGAGUGAUAUAACUCUUAUCGUCUCUUGGUUUGAAACAGAUGAUAUAGCUCAAAGAAUAACUAUCUUGUUUAUCAUGACUUGUUUACUUGGGUGAGUAGCAUGCAUUCAUAUCUGAUACAACUUUCUUCACCCUCUCUCCAAGUCGCUAUUCUUUCAUUCCAUGCUAACAUUGAAUAGUCUCACAACAAAUAUGUUAAAAGCCUUCGAAAAUACCUACACGAUGCUAAUAGCUUUCUACCUAACCGCACGUCUCUUCAUGGGUUCAUACUAUCUAUUCCUCGCCUGGGUUAUACCCAUGGUCCGAGGAAUGUUGGUAGCUCAAGCAAUCAUCAUUUUAAUCCCCAGUGCGCUCUGGAUAGGAAGUAUCUAUGUGGACCUCCCGCAACGAUUCGCCAUCAUCGCCAUGGCCAUCUUCACCGACCUAACAGGAUCCGUAGGUAUAUUUGCCAUCAUACGAGGCACUAGACACAUAUCCACACGACUAGCCUCCUGGACCGACCGCGUCUUCGAAUUCUACCCCGCCACAAACAUCGAGCACAAAACUGAGCGAACAAACGCAUUCGUAACCUUAGUUUUUGGUUACUCCGUCGUAGCCAUCAUCUAUCAAAGCGCCGCAUCCUUCGGACUGAAUGCAUUUUUCGGCAAAGCCGUUCUGGGACUCAUCCAAGCAUUUGCAUUUAAUUGGAUAUAUUUUGAUUUAGACGGUACGGAUUUAUACGCGCAUGCUAUUCGACGGGGUGCUACCUCUUCUGUGAUUUGGGGAUUGGCGCAUCUACCUUUUGUUAUGAGUUAUGUACUAGGUGGAGCUGCACUUUCUAGACUUGUUGUUGCGAGAGAUGGUGAGGAUGCUUCUUUGGAGAGUUUAACGGAGGCGUAUCAGAUGAAAUCUGAGACGGAAAUUUCGGAUGGCUUGCGUUGGUUUUAUUGUGCUGGGUUUGGGAUUGCGUUGUUUUGUAUGGGUAUGUAUUGAUUAUUUUUCUUUUUUCCCUCUCUAUCAUUCCCCUCCUUUCUUCCCUCUCUCCCCUCCACCUUUUUCCUCAACCAGCUAACCACCUUCUUACCUCCCCCCACAGGUCUAAUAUCCGGAACACACAUCCACAAAAAAGCCACACAAUCCCUAUCAUCAUCAUCAUCAUCCAGCGAACGACAAAUCCGCCUCAGCAAACGUUACCGCCUCCUAAACCGCUUCCUCACCAGCACAAUCCUAAUCUGUCUCCCUUUGAUCCCGCGACAAAAACUAAACUCACUCCAUCUAAUCUCCAUAGUCACAGGUCUCGUUCUCUGGGUCCUGGUGCUCGAAUUAUGGGGAUGUAGCUGUCCGGAUGAGACGUUCUUUGGAGAUCGUGGUGAGAAGAGGUGUGUGUAUACGUGUAGGGCUAAGGAUGUUGAUGGGGUUAAUGUUUUGAGGAGUGGGUUGGAGGGUUUGGAGGGUUUGAAGGGAGGGAGGAGGGGCGAUAUGUUGAGGAUUGGGAGUCGGAGUGUGAGUGUAGGUGUUAGUGAGAGUGGAAGUGAAAGUGAAAGUGGACGGGGGAAGAGAGGGUUAUGAGGGGUUUAGGGAUACGGGGAGGUGGGGAGGUAGCUAUAGACUCUAGAGGAUAUUUAAAAACAUCAAGUAGGUAUGAAGGGGAGUAAUUGUAUAGAUAUUUACCUAUUUAUCUAUCUAGAUAGAUAUAGAAAUAAUAGAUUA